AUGAUGGAGACGACGUUGACACUGUCAUCGGAUUCAGAAGACGACGACGUGACGCCGCCACCAGCGAAACGGCGAUCGAUAGAAGGCGUGCCGAAGAGUUUCGAUGGCGACAAAAAGGCGAGAUUCUCGUUCGGAGUCUCCUCUUCAAGAAUUUCAGAAGAUGGUGACGUGGCGGAUUCAGAUGACGUCAGAUUCAGAAGCACUAUUCUGAAGACUCCAGUUUCUCUGAGAAGACGAUCGAUUUCAAUGAGUUGUAUGACUCCUCGAGAUCCAUCGAAACGGAUUAAUGAACCACCGGCGAAUCAGAUUUGUUCGGGUUUUGUGAGAAAUGAAGAUGAUGAUGACGUGGCGAUGAUGGAGAGAGAAGAAGAGGAGAGAGACGCAGAGAAAGAGACAGAUUUGAAUUUGAGAGCUCUGUUGAGUCCUGAGAAGAAGAAGAGGAAGGAAAAGAUCACAGAAGUGCAAAACGAGUUUUACGGUGUGUAUUGUCUGAUCAGUCGAAGUGACCGCCCGUGUUACAAGAAUCGAUGUUACAUCGGGUAUACUGUAGACCCGAAUCGACGAAUCAUGCAACACAAUGGGGGACGGUUUAAGGGCGGAGCCAAGAAGACCGAUUCCAGGGGACCGUGGGACAUGGUAUGCGUCGUACACGGUUUCCCAAACCACGUGGCAGCCCUUCGGUUCGAGUGGGCGUGGCAGAAUCCUACAGUAUCCAAGACUCUAAAAGAGAAACAUUUGAAAAAGGAGAGAAAAGAGACGCCUUUCGCUUAUCAACUCCGAAUAGCGUGCCAACUGAUGAAUAGUGACACGUUCUGCCGUUUCGCUCUCACAUUUCGGUGGUUGAUUACUAAAGAAGAAUUGCCAUUUCCCACGAGUUGUCCCCCACCGGAACACAUAAAAUUGAAAUAUGGAAAAGUGAAAAAAGAAAUGAGUUUAGUCCCUGCGAAACGAGAGGAUUACGUCGAGAUGGGAGAGUGUCGAUUGUGUGGAAACGAUAUUGAAAAGGUGUGGAGCCUCGUUCGUUGCAUAUCCGACACGUGUCACUCGCAUUUCCACUCGAAAUGUCUCGCCGCUCACGGACUGAAACGAAAAAACGAAUACACGGAGCACAUUUUCCCGCUGAAAGCCACGUGUCCGACGUGUGGACACUUCUUCUUAUGGGGUGAUGUGAUUAGGGAGCAGCGGAGGAUUAUUAAGAUCUCCACAAAAUGCGCCGAAGAAUUCCGAAGUCUGGUCGUCCGGAAAGAUCUUCAACUUAUUAAUUAA